AUGGCCAUGAGUCCCAAGGAUCUUCCAGACGAGUGCUGGGAAAUCAUAUUCAACAAAUUACACCAACACCACCACUCUCUUCUCGAAUCCCCGUCCCUCUCUUGCAAGCGAUUCCUCUCCAUCACCAACACUCUCCGAACCAGCCUCAAAAUAUUCGCCGAUCCAGCGCUCAUCCCCCUCUCCGCACUCUUCACUCGUUUUCCCAACCUCAACUCCAUCUACCUCCGCUUCUUUCGCAGCGGAGAUCUCAACCGACUCGUCACCGACAUCGCAACCUCCGAUUUAAACCUCGAAACCCUAGAUUUCACGGGAACCGAUGGCCUCCCCUUGGAGAGCUGGAGGUUACUAGGAUCCCGUAUGAAGAAUAUUAGGGUUUUGAUUUGUUGGAAUCUCCAAACCUUACGCGACAUUGAGUUGGUUGUUAUUGCGGACUCCAUGCCCUGUUUGGAGGAUCUGGAUAUCUCCUAUCCUUUAAAUGAUUUCGGGCCGGUUCCUGAACUACAGGGUCGGAGCCUGGGUGAAGUGGGCGUGACAGAUAAGGGCAUCGAGGUGGUGUCGUCAAAAUUGAAGGGUUUGAGAAAAAUCAACGUAUCUGGUAACGAAUUUCUCACUGAUAAGUCGCUAAUAGCUCUUUCCACGAAUUGCGUCUACUUGACCGAUAUUGUAGUUCUCGACUGUUUGUUGGUCACAUCGGACGGAAUCAAAUUUGUUAUGCGCAAUAGUACCAAUUUGAGUCUAGUGUCAGUUGAUGGAUUUGGAUUCGGUUCAUUAGAUGACUGUUCGAUUCAUUGUGCAAGAAAUAUAUCAACUCUUGAAAUCCAUGAUUCGGUAGUUCCCGAUGGAUAUCUCCAUUUGCUUGCAAAGGCUGGUAUUCCUUUAAAGAGUUUCACUUUAUCGCAUUGCAUGACCCUCACCUUCUCUGGAAUUUCAUCGGUUUUAAACAAAUACUCGUCCCUGAAGUCUUUAUCUUUAGAUGGAAUAGAUGUGCUCACUGAUGAGAAAAUGAGUGAUUUAUCUCAAUUUCUAUCCGCUUUAGUCACAAUAUGCCUCGAUCUUUGCGAUAAUCUAACUGAGUUAACCUUUUUCAAGCUUGCAAAGAAUUGUCCUUUGCUAGAGGAUAUUAGUAUGGUGGGAACGAAUCUUGGAGGAGGAGUAGACGAGGCUACUGAUAUUGUGAAAAACCCACGAAUCAAGUCUCUGAACUUGGAAAAUAAUCCGAAACUGAGCGAUGAAUGUCUUGCAAAAAUUGCUUCGGUAUGCCCUAGUUUAGAGGUGCUUCUUGUGUCCUCCUGUAAGGGUAUAACAGAGAAAGGCAUUGCUGAUUUCUUGAAGAGCUGCUCCAAGGUUAGGAGUUUACAGAUCGAUGAAUGUGGGGGGAUUAAGAACAUUGGAAAUGGUUUUGAACUCUCCAAACUGGACUUCCUUGGUGCAACUAGAUCAGGGAUUGAUGAUGAUGGGUUGAUGGUUAUAGGGAAUAGAUGUCGUGGGCUCCUGCAUUUGGAGUUGGAAGGUUGCUUGGGGGUGACAACAGUAGGGUUGAAAGAAAUUUUGACAAAUUGUGAAAAAUUGAGAAAGAUAAAUUUGACUGGGUGUCUUAAUGUGAGAACGGAGACGGUAGAUUGGAUGGUGUUUUCAAGGCCAUCACUUAGGGAAAUUAUCCUGUCAUAUACAUCUUUGCCUUCUGAAAGCCAGAGGAAGCUGUUCUUGCGCCAUGGAUGUCUUGUUUUGUCAGAAUAA